AUGGGACGCAAACCCAACCAACUCAUCCUCGAGUUCUUCAACCGAGGCCCUAAGCUCGAGGAUUCAAGCAACCGCUAUCAGCACACCUGCAAGGCAUGCGGUGAGCGAUUCCCCAAGGGCCGUAUUGAUAGCCUCACCAACCACCUGGUCAAGAAGUGCCAGGCCAUCCCCCUCCGUGACCGCCAGCGCGUGCUUUUGCGACUCCACGAACUCCCCGACCUGACCGAAGACGCCAACAAAGAUCCCAGCGCGGCGGGAGGAAAAGGAAAAGAUGGGUUCCCAAACCCGAAUCGUCCGAAUUUUGAUGGCCUGAACGUGCUGGCAGAGGCUUCUCGCCAGGUAGGUGCGUCUGACACCACCAAGCGUGGCCCCGCAUACACCCAGUCCGUGACGGCCGGUGGCAAGACAGUCAUCGUCGAUCCGGCGCUUGAGGCCGAGGGCUUCCAGGGACAGAACCAGGGAGAGGAUAAGGCAGAGGACAAUGGUCAGGGUUCCCAAGCCUCCAACCCUCCCACUAUUCCGGCCCUUCCCAGCCAUACCUCAGGGGAUCACGCAUCUAUGUCACCACCCCUUGGUGACACCUCCAUGACACCCGAAUCCACCUCCAAUGCGCGCCAGUCGCUUUCCAUGAUCGCAGCCUCAGCUAAUGAGAUGGUCCCGCAGGGAGGUUUAAUGGACGGUGAUCAUCUUGUUGAUGGCUUGAAAAUGGGCCAGUGGAAUCAGCAGCUCUCGACUCAGGAGCAGCUGCUUUUCGACAGCUUACAAGAGCAUGAUCCAUCCUUGACGGCUGCUACCCAGCGUGCUGCUUCUUACCCACGUCCCAUUGCCAUGAACCCCAACACACAAGCCAAAGGCUUUGUGAACGAAUUUGGCAACUCGACCAAGCCAACCAAGCCUAAGGUGCGGGGUCGUUUCACUGCUGAGCGACGUCGCGAGGUUCAAGAGGUGCGAAAGCGAGGAGCUUGCAUUCGUUGCCGCAUGCUUAAGAAACCAUGUUCUGGUGACACGCCCUGCACAACUUGUGCUAGCGUUGAGAGUGCUCGACUCUGGAAGCACCCUUGCAUUCGGACCCGCCUGUCUGAAGAGUUCGAACUUUACAAUGCCAACCUGCACGCUACCCUUGCCUACCACGACACCAACUCCAUCAAAAACCAGAUCAAGUUCGAACACUACGUUGGUCGCAUCGAGGUGACCCACAUGGAGGAGAGUGGUGUGUUUGUUACCAUCAGCGGUCUUCAAGGCCAUCGCAAUUCGGUCUCAGCCCUCGACCCCGCCCUUCAAGGCCUGGGCGAGGAUCAAUUCACCGACCCUUCUCAUGAGGUUUAUCUGCUGGACAGUGACGCCGAUGACAUCCCAAGCAAGCUGGAGAUGUACAUCAAGAAAACUGGACCGUUCUUCCUUGAGCGUGAAACCUCGACUUUCAUGAAGCCCACCUUGCUUCUGGCUGCUGAAUUAGGACAGUCGAAAAAGGACACCUUGCUCGAACGUGCAGUUGAGCUGUGGGUUGCCACUCAUAUCCUGGUAGACACUGAACUUGGAUGGAAGACCUACUGCAACCCCACUCUUCCUCCUACCUCGAUGCACUCCCUUUCUCAGCCCAAUGAUGAGGGCCGUAUACCAAUCGAGGAGUCCCCAGAGCAGGAGUCAUAUCCCCUGAUAUGUAGCCAGCUUCGUGCUGCCAUGGAGAAACGUGCGAUGCAACUGAGCAAAUCCGUCAUCAAUGAUUUGGAGCGUCGUCUGCUUCAACGCCAGAAGACCGGCUGGUUUGAAACCUUCCUUGUAGCUAUUGUUCUGUUGAACUGCGUCGAGCGUACAUGCUGGCUCUUCCGCUCGUGGGACAACGAGAGCUUUACUCAGCGCUGGCCCUUGGACAAGCGCCCUCCUUACUACUAUGCCCAGUCCGAGCAGUUUGCAGACAUCCUGCACAUGCUGUUGCGGAUGCGUAGCCUCCCACCAAAGACGACUGUUCGCCCCGAGAAUGGCUUUUUGAAGGCCGCAGAAGGCAGUGAUGAAAAUGCCGUCCGCUGGUUUGACAUGAUCCAGAUCUCUCCCUACUACCUUGAGGAACGUUCCAAUGCCCUCUUCGACCCAUCUGACUCUCGGUCCCUCGACCUCCACCACAGCGCCCGGUUGCUGCUGCCGGCAAACUCUUGA